CGGAUACUUUCUCCAACGCUGCGCCUCCUCACUGACUUUCUCACUCCAUUAUGCUCUCUCCUCAAACAUCCAUCCAUAGCUGCUCGCUAAGACCGAUAAAAACUGCAACACACGACUACAACCGAUAUAAAGCAACUGAAAGAGAAUCAAUCAGAUAAUGAUUUUAACUAAGCUUCCGAGGUUCCAUCUCUCCCUCGCUUCUUCGCAUUUCAAUUUCAUAAACCCUAACCGGCCGGUUCAACUAGCCAGAACCCUAUUCUCACUCGCGCCUAAAUCGAAUCUCGCCACGGUUGAACCAAUCUCGGAUUCAUCAACUCUAGAAGAUGCUCCCGUGGAGAUUCCGCUCGACAAGCUUUUUAUCCCCCCGGAGACGGAUAUCUCGGGAGAAGACUCGUCGACGCUAGCGGCUAGGAUACUGAAGGGUUCGAACAUAGUGCUGAGCAAGUACGCGAGGGACGCGCAGGUGGUUCAGGCUGACUAUGUGAAGAGCAGUGUCCGGACGGAGGAUUGUCCGGGUGAUGGGUUGCCGGAGUUUGCGCUUGUGGGGAGGUCUAAUGUUGGGAAGUCCUCUCUGCUUAAUUCGUUGGUGAAAAGGAAACGGCUUGCCUUGACCUCUAAGAAACCUGGGAAGACGCAAUGCAUUAAUCAUUUCCGGAUCAAUGACAACUGGUACUUAGUUGAUUUACCUGGCUACGGGUUUGCAUCAGCACCGCAUGAACUCAAACUAGACUGGAACAAAUUCACCAAAGACUAUUUUCUAAACCGAUCAACAUUAGUCUCAGUAUUUUUGCUAAUUGAUGCCAGCCUUCCUCCAAAGCAAAUCGAUCUUGACUACGCUAACUGGCUUGGUCAAAACCAGGUACCAAUGACUAUGGUAUUCACGAAAUGUGACAAGAGGAAGAAGAAGAAAAACGGAGGGAAGAGGCCAGAGGAGAAUAUCAAGGAGUUCCAAGAUUUGAUCCAAGGGUUCUUUGAGACAACACCACCAUGGAUUAUGACAAGCAGUGUGACAAAUCAAGGCCGGGACGAGAUAUUGUUGCAUAUGGCUCAGCUAAGAAACUACUGGCUCAAACACUAAGAACCCAACCACACUUCUCCAGAUUAUCUUUAUUAGGAAGGAGACUUAUGUACAACAGAAAACAGUUAGUGUACCAUGUCAUGGGCAGUGUUUUUGAUCAAUGAAACGCUUAAAUUUUGUUUUUGUAUUCUGUCAUUGCUAGUUGCAGUAAAGAUUAGAGUAGCUGAU